AGCGCCUGGUGGGCGUGGCUCUGUCUGGUUAUAAGCGGCGUGACUUCCUGACAGUCUCGCGCAUCAUCGCUGACUCAGAAUCCAACUGACACCUGCCAACUCACCGGUCACAAUGGUGAACUGCUGUGGACUCGUGACGCUGAAGAAUGAGCCAGUUCCUCUGAAGAGCAUCGCAGUAGAGCUGGAGGUCCAGGACCAUGUGGCCACCGUGGUCUCCACCCUGCUCUACGAGAACAAGGAAGAAAAUCCCGUCGAGGCGUGUUUCGUCUUCCCUCUGCCUGGAGAUGCGGCCGUGUGUCACUUCAGCGCCAAGAUUGGACAGACUGAGAUUGUAGCCCAGGUGAAAGAGAAAGAGCAGGCUCGCGAGGAGUACGACGACGCCCUGAGCUCCGGUCAGCAGGCCUUCCUGCUGGAGGAGAGCGAGCAAAGUCCGGACAUCUUCUCGCUGAGUGUGGGGAGUCUGCCUCCAGGAGAGAGCGCCUCCAUCAGGCUGGAGUAUGUCACUGAGCUGGCAGUGCAGGCAGAUGACGGGCUGAGGUUUUGUCUGCCGGGUGUGCUCAACCCCCGCUACGAACCUCGAGAAAGCCAAGGCGAGACCAUCCAGGUGAUGUCUGCGCCAGCCUCCCAGAUUUCUUACACGCUGUCCUUCUCUGCACGGAUGUCUUCCUCCCGCCCCGUCGCCAGGGUGGAGUCCAACUCGUCCCUGGAGCCGCUGCAGUACCUGAACACUGGCAAGACGCAGGCCACCGUCAAGUUGGCUGACGGACACAAGUUCGACAGGGACAUCGAACUGCUGAUUUAUUACGAAGACGCUCACCAGCCGUCUGCUGUGGUGGAGGCCGGACAAGCCUCUGCCAAACCUGGCUCCAUGAUGGCCGACCCAGUGGUGAUGGUCAGCUUGUACCCAGAGUUCCCUAAGGAUGUGAUGUCAUCCAUGUCUUCAUGUGGAGAGUUUGUCUUUCUUCUGGAUCGAUCAGGAAGUAUGGGUCGUUGCGUGAGCAGCAGCAAGACUGAGAUGCGCAUCCAAAGUGCUCGGGACACUCUGGUGUUUCUGCUGAAGAGUUUGCCGAUGGGCUGCUACUUCAACAUCUACAGUUUUGGCACGGCAUUCGAACACGUUUUCCCCAAGAGUGUGGAAUACAGCCAGAAGACCAUGGAUGAGGCCUUGAAGAAAGUGGGCAAAAUGGGCGCUGACCUUGGAGGAACUGAGAUUUUGGAACCUCUCAAAAGCAUUUACAAGCAGAGCUGCAUCCCCAAACAUCCCAGACAACUAUUUGUCUUCACAGACGGUGGAGUGUCAAACACCAAAGCAGUCAUUGAUCUGGUGAAGAGCAAUGCUGGCUCUCACAGGUGUUUCUCUUUCGGGAUCGGGGAAGGAGCCAGCACCGCUCUCAUCAACGGGCUGGCUAAAGAAGGAGGAGGCCACGCUCAGUUCAUCACUGGAGCCGAGCGGAUGCAGCCAAAGGUGAUGCAGUCGCUGAGAUUCUCCCUGCAGCCUGCGGUGGUGGACAUCUCAGUCACAUGGGACAUGCCGUCCGUCACCACAUUGUCUCCCCCCAUCACAACGCUCUUCCAGGGUCAGAGGUCAAUUAUUUACGCUCAACUGUCGGGGGAGACCACAGAAGCCGAGGGAGGCGUGACAGUGAAGUACUCCCUCGCAGGUCAGCCAUCCCAGAACCAGCUCCGCUUCAGUCUGGCGCCCACAGGGGACACAGGACUGACAGUCCACAGAUUGGCUGCUCGCACUCUCAUCCGCUCUCUGGAGACGCAGGAAAGCAGGAAGCAGGAUGAAGUGAAACCAGAGGUGGUGGAUCUCAGCGUCCAGUCAGGAGUGAGCAGCUCCUUCACCUCAUUCAUUGCUGUCAACAAAAGCAGCAAUGAAGCUGUCAAGGGCCCUCUGUUGCAACGGAAUGUUCUGAUGGCAGCCCAAGUCGACAUAUGUUCGGCACUGAUCGCCCAAGUCAACAUAUGUUCGGCACGGAGCGCAGCCCCACGCAUGAUGAAAAUGUGUUCAGCACUGAGCGCCGCAGAGACGUGCUCCAUGGACUCCGGCCAAUAUGCCCAAGCCUUGAUGUGUUCGAUACCGAAAGCUGCAGACAUGUGCUCCAAGAACUUCGUACAACUUGGCGGUGCGCCAACAAGAAGCAAAAGUUUCGGCUUUGGUUUUCUUCAAAAACUGAGAUUAAAACCAAGAGCCCAAGUCAACAUAUGUUCAGCACCGAAUGCAGCCCCACGCAUGAUGAAAAUGUGUUCAGCACCGAACGAUGACCUGGUGGAAGAAAGCAGCCGUGACAGCCCACCACCCAAAGACCUGCUGUUGCAGGUGGUGACCCUACAGAAAGCAUCCGGCUGCUGGGAGCUGGACUCCAACCUGGCAGCUGUGUUCUCCAAGUCUGUGUCAGAGGUGGAAAAACCAAAACCUCAGGAAGUAACGCCGCAGGUCUGGGCCACCAUGUUGGCUCUCAUCUGGCUCCACGGCUUCAAGUCUGAUGACAGAGAGGAGUGGGAGCUCCUGUCCAUGAAGGCGGUGUCUUGGCUGAAGGCUCAGAACGCUCCAAGCUUGGACCAGUGUGUGGCAGCCGGGAACCAACUGCUGGGCUGCAGCGUGACAAAGGACCUGCUGGGAGUUUAAGGUGCCUCAUGAAGGGUGACGCAACUUUUCACCCGCGUGGCUUCACUUUCGCUGAUGAUUCUUCCUCUGUCACUUCAAGUUCAUUGUAACCGCUCUGCAAAUAAUAAAGGCUUCACUUCACCAGCAAACUGUUUACCCUGAAGAAGCUCCAGUAUGGAGCAAAUAUCAUGCCAAAAAAUAUACUGGAUCUUUGAAGAGGCCUUAAAAUAGCAGCACUAAAAACUCAAGUCAAAGACUUGAUUCAUGUCGUUUAGAGCGAUGCUGUCAUUAUUUCUGAUGGCUCCAGAUUUAUGUGGUACUUUAUUCAUUGAAAUUCAUUAUGAAUUACUACAAUAGCAUUGCUAUUUUAUUGUUAAACAUUUCUAUUUGAAGGCACAGUAUUUUGUUGUUUUAAAUCUUCAGGGUUUAUGGCUUGUAAAGGAGAAUUAUUUGAACAUUCAAACCUUUUGAUAACUUCAGUGGAGGACGUUCAGCCUCCAUUGAAGUUUUACGCACUCGUGUUUUGUAGCGCUCACUUCUAAAUCUGGAGUUGUACAUUUGACAGUCGCGCAAAUGUAAGGGCUUUUCCACAGGUGACGCCACUAGGUGGCGACAUCACACAGUGACGCUGGGUGGCCUUUACUUGCAGCAGAAAUAAUUGCAGAUUCCCGUUUUGAAGUGUAAAAAAAAUUGUGUUCCGCGCAUGUAAAUCUUAAAUUAUUACGCAUGUCAAGCCCAUCAUUAUAGUUUAUUUACUUAUGAUAUUAGUUAGUCUUUCCAGAUCGUGAUCAAAACUCUCGACAGCCAUUAAAUCGACGCGCAAACAAACAUCUAAUCAACCAGCAGUUGUUAAUCCUGUUGUUUUGAAUGAGUAACACACACACAUACACACUCAUGCUAACAAUCCGGAGGUGUUUGGCAUAAUUCCUGUGUGAAUCAACAUCAAUGCUUCAUUUGUUUUUGUACAGCAUGGAUUAUGACUUAAAAAUAUAUCUUAUUUUGAAGUCACUUCCGCCUUCUACACUACAGUCCUGGAGGAAGUGGAAGCUUUCAAAGUGCACAAAUAAGGUUUAACAAAUGUAUCACAAACGCCGAUAACUGGGGAUGCUGCGAUCAGGGUUUUUGCUGCCGAUCACUGAUGCCGAUCACAUGAACUGACAAUGAAUGUGCAAUCGAAACGAUGAGACACGUUUUAAAAGACCUCUUCAAGGAAGCAGAGUAGAAAUGUACAACAGUAGAAACACCUUGCAGAAUGCCGCCACUAUUCUGUCAAAAGGACAACUGAAAAACUUAAAGUUCGAUGUGAGACGUCACAGUUCGGUGAGUCUCUUGAGACAAAAAUACAUCCUGGCCGCUUGUAGCGGGACUCCGAGACAGAGAGCACUGUAUUUAUGGAAGUUUCCACUCUGGACGUUUUCAGAAGUUUCAGAUUCAGGUGGCUGACAAAUGCUCCACCUGACUCCAAAACGGCGACGGGUCCGGUCGUUUCCGAGACACCUGCUCAUCUAGCUUGGUGAAAUUAAUGGUUGUUUCUUAGCGUUCCGAAUGUCACGCUCGGACCCCAGGUGUUGUUAAGCAUCAGCUGCGCUAACUGGUGCUGAGGAACCGGCGGUCUCACUUUCAUGAGCCCAGAAAACUCUCUGUGCACCGCCAGGUGCUGGAGCUUUAAAUGGUGUGUUUCAUUUGGAGGCGCUUCCCUGCGCAGCAUUGUCCCGUGCAUGUGUUGCAGGAUGCAAACUUUAUAUGACAUAUUGAAAGAAGCUCCACAGCAGACAUGCUACUGCUGAGUGAGCAGCGAGUCGGGAGGAGCGGACGCAUCACUACCAGCAGGGCUUUUUCAGAGCGCUACUGUCACACGUGAUCAGUGACAGGUUGCGAUCAUCAUCCACCGAUCACACUGAUAACGGCCGAUAAUUGUUGGUGAGCGAUCGAUCGCAGCAUCCCUGCAAAUAACCAACGCCGAUUGGGUUAUCAACCUGUAAACAAAACUUUAUGGAUAGUCUAACAGCAAUACAACAACCAAAAAUAACACAUUGUAAAACUGUGAAAUUGUUUUUAUGCAUGAAAAAAAAACCACCAUUGAUCGUCAAACUUUUAUGUUGAGUUUUGACUUCACAGUUUUGUUUUAUUUCUUGACACAGCAGAUGCGAUGCUAACAAUAUGUUGGCAUGAAACCGCAAAAGUUCCUUGACUAUCAAUCAUCUUUCCAAAUCGCUGCGUGCGUGUGCGCGCGCAGGCGUGAGAGGGCGUGUUCACCUUCCCCAAGGUCUGUGUUCCUGUGCUCCAUCUGUGGCGCUCAGGGGAUUAACAGCCAAUCUGUCUGUCUGCUGCCCAAAGUGCUGACCGACAGAGCCGCACCAGAUUAACACGCUGCUGGGAUUGGCGGAGCGGCGCGGGGGUGGGGGGCGGAAGAGUGAUGGCGCCGAUGUCAAAGUUGCUGCGAACUGAUUUUAGCGGUGAAACAGUGACGGCUAUAAAAUGAACACAGUUGCUGCCUCGGCCAGUUGAGUUGGUGAAGUUGAAUUUUACUUAAAUUAAGAUGAAAACUGUUGCCGGGGACGACAACAUCAAAACCUUACGCUCAGAAUACCCUGUAGUACAACUAGACAGCUUCAUGUUUACACCUGCUAGUAAUUUAUUUGAUGAAUAAAACACCUUGUUACAGACCAUCGCCACGUUAUGAUGUCACUGGAAGAAAAGCCAAUCGGAGAGCGUGUUUUUUUACCCCACAUUUUGUACUAAACAUUGUUACUCCACGUCUUUUUUGUUCUUCACUUGAACUGCACCGUGAUGCUCUCACAAAUAAAAUACAUCAAUGUGGUGAAAGCAACAUUCCUUGGUGUAAAAUAAAUCACCAUGUUACAGUUUAUUUCUGAAGAAAACGUUUUUUUAUUUAGUCUCAUAUUCCACCUCCUGAUUUUCGUCUUAUACAUAAAUGUCGUAUUAUUUGUGUCAUUACUGAUUACAUUGAAAAAGGAAAGAACAUAAUAUUAAGCAAACAUGAUCAAAAAAUAUAUAAAAAAUGAAAUCUUUGUAAUCACUAUCAAUCAUAAUGUUUUUAUUAUGAAUAUUUUGUACUUAUUUAUUUAAUACAUACUGAGAGAACAAUUGAGACACAAUUAACAGUGUGUGAGGGAAAAUUCCAAAUAUAUAUAAAUAUUCAAAUCAUUUUUAUACAAAUAUUUUAUAUAAAUAUUAGUCAAGUCAUUUUUCAUGCAUUGAAAAAUACUACUUUUUUCCUCACACUGAGAUCAAGGAAACUAGACUGGGCUGAAAACAUUUUCUCUUUAAAAAUAAAUAAAUAAACAAAGUCACACAUUCCUUUGAUUCAGUACUUCUAGAAGAAGAGA